GCUUAAUUUGCGUUCUGUGUAUCCUAAAUACAAAAACUUGAGGCGUCUUGUUCAACAAGAACAAAUUUUAAGUGAAUAGUUUACUUGUUAUUUCUUUUAAGCAUUUCUCGUGUAAAUAUAGAUUACUGUUGCCACCAGCUUCAGUUCAAUUAGUUAUUUUAAGUGUUUAUAACAAAUAAGUAACAAUGAGCAAGAAAAGCAGUCCAGUACCCGAAUCGAAAACUACAAACGAGGACGCUGCGCCCGAAGAAUACGUAGUCGAAAAGAUUUUAGAUAGUCGCAUCAAUGAGGAUGGGGUGAAAGAAUACUUCUUGAAAUGGAUCGGCUACGAUGAGAAAGACAACACUUGGGAACCGGAAGAAAACUUGGACUGUCCUGGACUUAUAGAGGCCUUCGAAAAGGAAAAAGCAAGGAAAGAAAAAGAAAACGAGAGAAAACGCAAAUUAAAUUCGCUAGGAGAAGGCAAACCGGCCAAGAGAAAGAGCGAAGAGAAGAAAUGCUUGGGAUUCGAUAGAGGACUGGAACCCGAGAAGAUUAUCGGAGCAACUGAUAGCCCAGGACAGUUGAUGUUCUUAAUUAAAUGGACGGGCACAGACGAAGCAGAUCUUGUACCAGCAAAGCAAGCGAAUGUGAGAUGUCCCCAAGUGGUAAUUAAGUUUUACGAGGAAAGAUUAAAGUGGCAUUCGCCAAAUUUGGAAGACGCUAAAACUGCCGAAUAAUUUCGAAAUGGCUGUACAUGUCUUAGUCGAAUAGACGUACAUACACCAUUCGAAAUAUAUCCUUAUUCAAAAAAAAUUAGAAUUAGUUAGAAUAACAUAUAAUUUGUUAGUUUUUAUUUUUCAGUAUAAGCGUAUUGGCUGAAAUGAUUUAGAGUAGUGACCAAUGUAAUUAGCGAAAAAUCUCAAUGGCAAUAAAUACUUUUCAUUUAGUACUUUUGCUGUGCACCGAAUGUCCACUUUUAUACAAAAUAUCAUUUACUUUAUGAAAACAAUAAUUCAAUUGUAGUUUUUAAAAGGGAUAUACUAUUCAACGCUUUCAGAUAUUGAUUUUUUCCUUAUAUUUUUUUUAAUCACUUUAGUUUUAUAUUCACGAUUGCUUGAAUUUAAUUUUAUGAUAGUAUUGAGUGGAUGAGUUUGGUGAAUAUGUUACAGUAAUUUACUGCAAAUUUCAUUUAUCUGACUAUUGUAUAUUAAUACUAGUUUUUUUACUCUGUUCUUAACAACAUCUAGAGGAAUUUUGAUUGGUAUGAUUAGAUACAAUGAGUUUAAAUAAAAAAUCACUAAUUAUAAAUGUAUAAACCAUUUUGUAGUUUUAAAUUCUCAGUUUCACAAUUUUUGAUCAUUAGAAUUUUUAUUUGUUCGUAAUUCUUAUUCAUAUGCUUGAUAGAAAGUG